GCCUUUUUCUGCACAAAGAACGAGCAAGCUCAUCGUGCUCUCUUACAGAGUGCCUUCCUUGUACACCCUCGAGGCACAAACAUGUACCUGCAUGAUCAUCCUUCAAAGGUCCUAAGCGGCAGAUAUGCCCUUUCGAGUUGAACGCGAACUCCCCGCGGUUCCGUUUAGGCAAGGACGGCCGUUGACCCAAGAAGUGGUACCAUUAACUUUCCAUCUCGUCAUGUGCCCAGUCGACUGCACAGCCAUGCACCCGCGUAGUUCUAGAAGCCAUGGCGUCUUUUGAAAUAUCUCUACUCUCGAGGCUAAUCCAAUCUACAUCCUCUAUCCUUCAGACCAAGUAUAUUCAAUUUACGCUGCUUUGCAUACGACCACUAACCACCGGGCACCAAAUACUUGCCUCUUGCGACUCUGACACUUGAUCACCAUUCUCUGACUGACGCACGCAACACCAUACGCUGUCCGGACCACCGUCACCAUGAGCAACACCCUCGCGCAGGACCAUCUCCGCAUCUUUCUAGAUGGCGAGACAGGCCAUGCAUCAGAACAGUCCACACAACACUACAGGCCUGGCCAGACGAUUAGAGGCGUAGCAAGCUAUUCCCCCUCGACAGAGGUGAAGGUGGAGGCCAUGAUUAUCAUUUUCAAAGCAACCCUCUACAUUGAACUUGCCGAGAGUGGUCAGGCUUCUUAUGGCUGCAUCCGCUCGCACAACCAAAACCUCUUCCGCUAUGAGACACUCCUACUCAAAGGUCCGCAUAAAGUGUCUCCCAAACCCCACGAAUGGCCUUUUGAAUUCGAGCUGCCGGAGAAAGUCAAGCUGCCUUUUGUGGCUGACAUGCAACCAGUACCGCCGACAUGGAGGGUCUUACAGGUCGCAAGGGUUGUAUAUUCGUUGAAGCUGUGUGUGAAUCCCAAUCGUUCGACAAGGACUAUGGAGAUCGAACGCGGCAUAAACGUUUGGCCCUACGAUCACAUGGAACUACCUACUCCGGCACCAGAGACCCAACAACUGCUGGAUCCGACACAAAAGCCUUCCUGGCUUACACGACGAAGAUCGUCCACGAUAAGUUUGACACAACUCACGCGGCGACGCUCUUCCACCGUAGGCAACACAACCACACCACAGAACUUCAAUCUCAACGUAUCGAUGCCUGUAUCCCUUGGCGCGUGGCAACGCUUCAAUAUCCAACUCGUCUGCAAUGGAACCUCGGACUUGCCAUUUGUCCUUCAGACCUGCGAACUCGUCCUGAAAGCUCAAAUCUCGUCAACCAACGUUUCAACAUCUGCUCUUCCAAUCUGCAAACUAAAACUUCUAGGCAGAGGCUUGGAGAUCCCCACUGAUGGCUCCUACAUUACUGUAAAGCGCAACAUGAUGCUAGUGGACAUGACCCGCGGCGACGCAACCAUGCUAGUCCCCAAUUUCUCAAUCGGAUUCUUCAAGCUAGCGUAUGUCCUGGAUGUUUGUGUGCAAUUGUUGGAUGCAAAAACACAAGAAGUUUUGGAGCGCAGGGCGGAGUUGCCGUUUAUGGUUUUACCUGGUGGCUUGGAAGAGGAAGGGAGCGACGAAGAUGCGCCGCCGGGAUUUCAUGAUGUCGUCAGUCCGCCGGGAUAUGAAGAAGAGAGUGUUUGGGGUAAUGAGUUUAGGACACCGGCGUAUACUGUCACUGCAUGAGCUGGAAAAUAUUGGGUAGCGGCUCGUGGGUGGAAAGCAUCAGAGGCAGCAUCACAAGUUUCGGUAAUAACGAUACGACUUCACAGUUCUCUUCGUAUCUCUACGUGGUUCUAUGCUCUACGGACCGGCCAUUGGCAUAAUGACCAUGCGCUCGCAGAUGACAACAACUCUCAAUCUUCUCCCGUCGUUCUUGCUGCUAGUACAACCCUGACCAUGGGUUCACCAUGAUCGAGAUCUCGAUCAAAAGACUACGCAGGCACAUUAUUGAUACCCGG